AUGUCGUUCAAGAAGCACUCGCGCCAGUAUGACCUGGUGAUAUUUGGGGCAACCGGCUACACUGGGCUGAUGGUUGCCGAAUUCAUCGCCGCUCACUUUCCCACCGAUGUGAAAUGGGCCGUAGCAGGCCGAUCAGUCGAGAAGUUGGAGAGCGUGGUGAAGUCCUGCAACGCAGUCAACCCCGAUCGCCAGGCUCCGGGGGUCGAAAUAUGCAAUCUCGAUGAUGCAGAGCUUUCCGAGCUGGCCAAGAAAACAUUCGUCCUCAUCACGACGGUUGGCCCAUACUCGCAGUACGGAGAGCAUGCGUUCAAAGCUUGUGCCGAAGCCGGGACCCAUUACCUCGACUGCACGGGUGAAGUGACCUGGCACCAGGUGAUGCUGAAGAAGUACAACGCGGCGGCGAAGGCCAGCGGAGCCUGCAUGUUUCCCCAAUCUGGCAUCGAGUCAGCGCCGUCGGACUUGAUAGCAUUCUCUUUGGCAUCGCUCAUCAAGUCAAAGCUGUCAACUGGCGUCGGCGAUGUCGUGGUCGACCUCCACGAGCUUAACGCCAAGCCUUCAGGCGGCACUAUGGCUACGGUGAUUGGCAUCUUCGAGACCUUCAGCUGGAAGGAAGUUGUCGAUUCACACAAACCAUUCGCCCUAUCGCCGGAAGAGCCUUCGCUGCGGAACAACUCCUACGGGCCGAACUUCACCUAUCGGGAGUUCACGAAAGCCAGGAACUUUGUGACGGCGAUGGCUAUGCACUAUAGCCUCCUGAUUGGCGCUACUCUUCUCAUGUUCUGCUCGCCGGUCCGAAAACUCGUGCGGAAGCUCGUCUUCCAGCCGGGCAUGGGACCAACCCGCGAGGAUGCCGCGAAAGAAUACAUCGAGUUCCGAGGUAUUGCCACCCCGGAUGCCGAGUCGAAGUCGGGGAAACAAGCGAUCUGCAAGGCCUGGUAUGCAGGAAGCAUGUACUACCUCACCGCAACUGUGCUUUGUGAAGGGGCCCGGACAUUAUUGGAGGACGAUGUCGGCCUUGCUGGAGGCGUCUACACUCCUGCGUGUCUGGGUCAGGCCUUCAUUGACCGUCUCCAUGAUUCCGGGUUCAAGUUUGAGACCAAGAUACUUGAUACUUGA